CAAAAGGCAGAAUCGUGCAUAUAAAAUUGCAGGGAAAUGCAUGUGUGAAUGUAACCAUGUCUUCUCUUCUAAUUGCAGGCCAAGUCCAGUUGGAUAGUAGACCUGUAUUAACCACCACAGAUGGAAAUCAGAACAUCACAGAAGUAGAUGCACUUGCUAAAAGACACACACUUGACCCUGCGGAGCAAUACAAAAUGAACCACCAAAGAAGAGGAGUUGCAUUAAUUUUCAAUCAUGAGCACUUUUUUUGGCAUUUAAGGCUGCCAGACAGACGCGGGACUAAUGCAGACAAACAGAAUCUGACACGCAGUUUGAAAGACCUCGGAUUUGAAGUCAGAUGCUUUGAUGACCUGAAAGCAGAAGAUAUGCUGGAGAAAAUUUAUAAUGGUAGGAGACUAUAUAUUGAUUAUGUGUAACCAUUUGUAACAGCAAU